AUGAACAGAAAAGCAUUCAUCUUAGCAGUCGUUUUAAGGGUUUUUAUAUGGAUCCUAUCAUUAUCAUGUCCCACCGCCGGCGAAGCGUCGACGUGCUUGGCAGUGUAUAAAGAAGGCGGUGCACCAGCGGCGGUCAACCAGUCAACAAGAUGUCAAUCGGCUACACGUCAGGGCCGACGAAAAUACAUGGAAGAUCGCACUUUCUGUACUCUCGACAUUCGGAUUCCUUUUCCACACCACAAUGGCACUAGGGAUACCCCAGUUGGCAUUGUUGCAGUUUUUGAUGGACAUAAUGGUGCUGAAGCUAGUGAGAUGGCCUCAAAUCUGUUGUUGAAGUAUUUCAUGAAUCAUGCACUCUCUUUUUUGUCCAACACAUCAACAUCAAUGGGAAUGUUACAAGAUAUGGGAGAAGUAGAACAUGACAAUGCUAAUUCUCAUAAUGGAAGGAAUAUGGUUACAUUGUCAACCAUGUUUGAUGGAGAUGGAGCUUUCCAGUUGGAAAUUCUGAAGGAAUCAUUGGUGGGAGCAAUUGUUGAUAUUGAUUCAGCAUUCAGUGAGGAGGCUUCUAGAUACAACUUCACUUCUGGAUCCACUGCAACAGUUGUAUUAAUGGCAGAUGGUCAAAUUCUUGUUGCCAACGUUGGAGAUUCAAAGGCUUUCCUAUGCUCUCAGACAUUCCAGUCACCUUCGGAAGCCAAAGCUACUUUAAUGAGAUUGUACAAGAAGAAAAGACAAGAUGGUGUCUCAGUACGCAUAAAAGACUUUGGUUCGACUUUGACCCAUUUUUCUGCCAAAGAGUUUACUAAUGAUCACCAUCCAGACAGGGCAGACGAAAGGUCCAGGGUAGAAUCUGCUGGAGGUCAUGUCUUGGAGUGGGCCGGUGUAUCCAGGGUCAAUGGUCAACUCGCAGUUUCACGUGCUAUUGGUGACGUGUCCUAUAAAAAGUUUGGUGUUAUAUCUGUUCCAGAGGUGACAGAUUGGCAACCUAUGACACGUAAUGAUAGUUAUUUGGUAGUUGCUUCUGAUGGUGUUUUUGAAAAGCAGAGCCCUCAGGAUGUUUGUGAUCUGUUAAUGGAAUUAAGAACCACUUCUUCUUCUUCUUCAUGUUCAUAUUCGUUAGCUGAUUCUAUUGUUGAUACUGCUAUUGGAAGAGGCAGUAUGGAUAACGUGGCAGUUGUUAUAGUUCCAUUUGGACUAAAAACUCAGCCUAGUCAUGGAUGCAGUGAAGUUAGACAACAGACUUACGUGGAUGAAGAUGAUCCCGUUUGA